AUGGAGCGUCAGUCAACCAUCCAACAAGGAGUGUUGAAAAAAAAAAAAGAGAGGCGUACACAGUGGCAGCUGUUCGUCGUCAACUGGUAAGGCAGAAGACUGGAAGGCGGAAGCUGUACGGUAUCGCUGGGGGGGUCCUGUGAGAAGCUCUGAACCUGUCAGCCAAAUGGCGGCAGGAAGAGUUCAAGGAAGGCCACUGACCUUGGCAGGAGGUGGCAGAGGUACACAGCGAUACUGGUACGGCAACGGCAAGCAGUGGGAACUGAAAGGUGCGGCAGGAGCGGGCUUGGUAAACUCUUGCGCAAGUGCGGCUUACAGACCAAGGCUCGAGGCAGGCGUGCGGGGCGCGGCUUACUGCAGGAAGGGCAGGCGUGCGGGGCACGGCUUAUUGCAAGAGGGGCAGGCGUGCGGGCACGGCUUACUGCAAGGAGGGUAGAGGUCGCGCGCGCUUGAGUCCUCGGCGUCAAACUCUUGCAGCAAAAGCAGAAAAGACCAUUCACGCCGCCCCGGGGCCCUCCAUGCGGUGCAGGUGA